AUGGACAACUACCGAGGUUUUGAAUUAUCAACAAUGCCGUCUUUUAGGACUAUACAUCGAAUACGUCAACAUUUAUUUGGGGACGCGGUGCUCAUUGACGACGAGGCUGCGUUGGGGUCGGACUCAACAAAACCUGAGAAGAGGGCGGUUGGACACACAGCAACCGAGGAUCAGUCGCAUCGAUGGACAGUCGCCAAUACCAACAACGGCCUCGUUAAGCUCCCGACGGAGCUCCAUAUGAUGAUCAUGGAGCACCUCACCUUUGGCCAGGUUGAGUCCCUGCGACGGACAUGCCGAGCCCUCCGAGGCCGCAUCAGCAAGCCCGUCAUCCGUGAGGUGUUUCCCGGCAUCAAGUUUGAGCUCCUGUCGACGUGCUACCGGUGCCUCUGCUACGACCCCCUGAGGGACACGCUGAUCCGGGCCGACGAGUCGGACGCCCGGUAUCCCUUGGCCAACGAGUGCCUCGACUGCGUCGCCGCGAGGGGAGGCUUCAUGGUCGGACGCAGGUACACCCUCGGGACGUGGGCGAGUGUCUGGGUGUGCCGGUACUGCGGGUAUCCCGUCACGUCUGGGGCGGCGUGGAACGAGCCAGAGUUUCACCGCGUGUGCUACAGGAGGUUUCACUGGAUGCUCUUUUACUUUUUCCUCGUGGGGAUUGCGCAGGGUCUCGUUACGAUUAUAGGGUCGGCGCUGUGUUGGGGCUUUUAUAACAAGGAGAAGAUGGUUCUGGCGCCUACGAUUGUCAACUUCUUUAUGGCGUCUUGGGUAUUCUGCCUGACGCUGUUGAGAAACGUAGAGCUGAGGACGUACCACUGGACCUUGAUACUAGAGCUUGGAAUCCUGGGACUCUGGAUUCCUCCCCUGCUCACGAUACUCGGGAGUGCUCAGAACAGACCAGGGAGGCCGUCCCCAGCUGACGUCGCAACCAUCUUUUUUGUCGUCAGCAACAUCAUGUUCCGCGUCGUCAACGUCCUUGGCAACGCAAUCCUUAUGUCCGAGUACAAGCUCUGGCGGCGCCACCGGCCGAACCAGUCGCUGGCGCAACGGGCCCUGAGCAAGACUGCCGCCAUCUUGGUCUUUUGGACGUACCCGCAGAGCGUGGAGCAAAAGUAUCCGGGGAAAUGGUGGUUGACGAGGCGAGAGCUGCAGCAGGUGUGA